AUGCAUGACGACCCGGAUGGGGCCGACUAUCUAGAUGGACCAGAUGACCCAGACGAGCCCGAUGACCCGGAUGGGCCCGAUGACUCGGACGGGCCCGAUGCUCCAGACAGGCCUAACACCCCGGACGGGCCUGACGCCCCGAGUUGGCCCGACGAUCCAGAAGGGCUCGACGACCCGGACAGGCCCGACGACCCAAACGACCCUGACGACCUACAUUGGCCUUACGAUCCAAAUGGGCAUGACAACACAAAUGGGCCCGACGACCUGACGACUCGAACGACCCGGACGGGCCCGACGACCCGGACGAGCCUAACGACCCGAACAGGCUUGACGACCUACACCAGCCUUACGACCUAA